CGGACCCAAGGGGCAUCGGGUCGAGCGUUGGAUGUCAUGUCCUUGCGGGACUUGCCCUCUCUAUUGAGGCGACGCGCCAGCAGCACGGUGCGCGACGGAUGGAAAGUGAUCCGACCAGGGCGGUCCAGACAGUCGGUCUCCAGCACGGACCUGGGGCCGUCUGAGGUGAAUCGACUUCGCCAAACAGCAUUGUCCAAAUCGGCUGGCAAGCUGAAACGUGAGGACGAGGCGGAAAGCUUUCUGCCAGGCACCAUAGGAUCCAGCCCCACUGCGAGGUUACAGCGGAGCAGCGCUGCGCAGGUGCCAGACAUGCCGUUCCCAGGUGAAGAGAUGUCAUCCGUACCAACUCCCUCCACCGGGAGCUCAGGUGUGUUGGGUGCCUUGGCUCCGGAGUCGCCACCCUCGAUGCUUCGAAGCUUCGCAGGUUUGGAGCAUGUGACGUACUUCUCCGAUGUGCAGCGCCCUGGAAGUCGACCCCGACCCAGGCCUUGCUUCCUACAUUUAGAGGCCGCAAAAUGAGUGGCGAGGAACCUCUUUCACCCUGCAGCAGUCCAGGGUUGUGUCCAGGCACUUCGCAGACUGGCCCAGUCCGAUCACUUUUGUCUCGAGGUGUUGUGCCCGGAUUCAGGC